AUGGCCGAUAAACAGAGGGAUAUAAACUUGUACAACUUACAGCGGUCAAAGUACCUUAGCGUUGGGGAUCCCAACACAAGCAGAAACGAAUUCGUAACGUCGAUUAAAAGAGAUACAUACAGUUCGUUAGCACAGCACGAUAACUUAUUGCUAUAUAAUUCGGUGGCUCUUAAUAGGCCCAUGGAGUUAACUAGAAUAGAAAUGAUCAAGAAAAUGGUGUCUCCCUUGGAUAAGUAG